AGACCCAGCGAAUACGAUCGGAUUGAUCAUUGAUCUGGUUCUCCGGUUGUGCCGGCAGUUUCAUUUCAAUUCACAGCCGUGGUAGGGUGACAGCGCCUAGCGAGUGUGCCGUCGCAUUGCAGCCAACUCCGCUCAAAUUCUCCCCCCGCCAUGGCCACCGCUCCAAGCAAAUGCUUUCUCGUCACCGGCCCUCCCGGGAUUGGAAAGACGACGCUGGUGAUGAGAGUUUUGGAGAGUCUCAAGACUUCUCACCCUCACCUCAAUAUCCAUGGCUUCUACACUCGGGAGGUCAGGGAGGGCUCUGAGAGGGUUGGGUUCGAGGUCGUCACGCUGGAUGGUAGACGCGGUACCCUCGCUUCGUCCACUGUUUCAAGUGCAGAAUCUUUCAGAUGGCCUACUGUUGGAAAAUACAAAGUAGAUGUGGCAUCAUUUGAAUCUCUGGCAUUGCCUGAGUUGCGGAUCAAAGAGGGCACAGAUCUUUUCAUUAUUGAUGAAGUGGGUAAAAUGGAGUUGUUCAGUUCAUCAUUUUUCCCUGCUGUUCUGAAAGUUCUUGAAUCCAAUAUCCCAAUUCUGGCAUCCAUUCCUAUUCCGAAGUUUGGUCGUGACAUUCCUGGAGUUGCAAGGUUGAGGAAUCAUCCUGGAGCUGCUGUGUUCACACUAAACAAGGCCAAUAGAGAUGCAAUCAAAGAAAAUAUCUACAACCAGUUGGUCAGCUUGUUGUCAAAUCACUGAUACCAUUAAUUGCCCAGUAGCUGAUACCAAAGCGGAUUAUAUAGUGAAUCAAACUGCUGCAUAUUUUGGAAUACAAUGUUUGCUAUCCUUUUUUUCCCCUUGUUAAUUUUGAAUAGUUUUUAUGUAAAUUAACAAAGUUCCCAUCUUUUUCCUGUUAAAGGAAGGGUUAUGUAAAGUCAAUAACUCAGUGAUCAAUGACUUGCAUAACUGAUGCUGUUUGAUCAUAUGGACUGAAUUAUUAUUGCCAAACUCAUGUGCUGUGAUUGCAUAGUUGAAUCUGCAGCAUGAUUCCACAGGCAUAAAGCCAUGCCUGCUUUUAU